AUGGAAGGCUUCAAUCCUACCAUGUUCAAGCGUACUUUUAUAGGAGUCGAAAAAACUAUGUCAGCUGUAGAGACGUCGAAGAAUGUCGCAAUCCAAGGUGGUACUUUUGGUCUGGGAGCAGCUGUCGUAGCGACACAGUUGGGAUUGGCUUUGUCCACCGGUGGUGCAUUACUGAUCCUUGACACGCUUGGAGGUGCAAAGAACGCAGGUCAGCAGUUGCUUACAUCGGUACGCGAUGCCGAGAAAGUGGUGGAGGAAAAGAUCUGGAAUGCGGUCGCCGAAGGCCAGCGUGUGGCUCAGAUUCCUCUAGAUAAGAUUGCUGAGAGUACGAACGCUUUUCUGGAUGUAAUCGGUGUGUUGGUGGAACGAUCACUUGGUAUUCCUGUUGAAGAACAUCCGGAAGGCUCAGUAAAGGAGCGUGUCACCGUAUUGUCUCGAAAAAUUGUUGAGGCACUCAAUAAUAAGGUGGGUACGCCAGUUGUUGUUCGAGUAUGGCAGAGCGAAGCUGAUCUCAUUCGUGCAAAAAAAGAAUGGGCUUUGGAAAAAGUCGGGGAGCUGUCGACAUCCGUCUCAGAACUGAAAACACGGAUAGAGAACGAAGCCAAACAGUACAGCACGAAACCUGAAGAACUGCUGAUGAAAAGCAUCCGCACCACUUCAGCUCAAUUGAGGGAUAAUUUACAGGCACUCAAGGAUAAGCAGGUGUUUGGUGAUGGUACUCGAGUGGACUCAGCCAUUGUCUACCUGCAAGACCUCGAUAAAAACUUGGCCGAAUCGAAUGACAUUUACCAAGUUAGAGAUGAGGUGUUGGCAGAGGCUCGUCAGCGCCUUUCUGAAGUUACAGCAUGGACGAGCAGCCUCUUGGCUCGUGAAAGGCAACAGUAG